AUGCUGGAGGGAAGGCUGUUGCUGCCGCUGCUGGCUCUUAGCCUGGGCCUGGCCAGUGCUCAGAAGGCUUUGGACGAGGUGCCUGUGCAGCCAGGCUUCGACUCCCAGAAAGUGGAGGGACGCUGGUUCACUGUCCAGCUGGCCGCCAGCCACGCACACCUGGUCUCCCCGGAGGACCCCCUGAAGCUGUCCCUCUACUCCAUCUGGACCCGGGACAGCGGGGAUGUGGAAUUUGUGCUGUUCUGGAAGGGAGAGGGUGCGUGUGAAGGAAUAAACAUCACCGUCCACCCGACUGGGCUGCUGGGCCAGUACCUCGGUUCCUUCGAGGGGGGCCGCAUGCAUGUCCGCUUCGUCAGCACCGACUAUGCCAACCUCAUCCUUUACGUACGAUUUGAGGACGACGUGGUCACCAGCUUAUGGGUGCUGCUGGCGCGGAGCCUGCCCGGGGACUCCGCGUGGCUGGGGAGGUUCCAGGAGUGCACAGAGCGCUUCCACCUGUACGGAGCUCCUGUCGCCAACACGGCCAGUUAG